CCAGGUCAUUCUCUGGAAAGUUGACUGGUAUUCUGUUGCAGAAACUUGACCAAAACAAUGAGAGAAUCAAAAUUGGAAUACUAACAAUAUUUAAACAUCUUAUCAAUGCAGCAGCCCCAUCUAUGGAAGACAAGAAGGAAGUAGUGUUGUCGGGGUUGAAAGGUAUUACACAGGAAAAUAGUAACAAGGUGAAGAAAGUGUUUGCUCAAGUUGUUAUAGCAAUGGGUCACCAUAAUUACAUGGAAUUAGAAGGUGGAACUCAGAUGAUAGAGUUUAUAGUAACACAAUGUUCACUACCAGCUGAUCCUCCAGGUGCAAAGAGGUCACCAGAUCCAGAUCAUGUGACCAAUGUCCAGUUACGUAUGAUGUGUGAUCAUGUAUUACAGUUACUUACUAAUACUGUUGAACAAAUGGAAAAUGUUUUAUGGCCAUACUUGUUAGAGUUGGUGGUACCAGAGAAGUAUACUGAGGCUGCUGGGGUAGUAUGUCGUUGCCUAGCAACUAUUGCUAACAAGAAGAGGGAGGAAAAUGCUGAAGAUUAUGACCUUGAUUAUGAGACUCAAGCUAACUUACCCAAACCAGCUGCUGUGAUAGCCAGACUUGUUACAUUAGCAGGAAGACCCCAGAAUGGGAGACAGAGAGGUGUUCAUGUUUUAAACCUCAUGAAAGGACUAUCCCCUAAUCUCCAUGACAACCUUGUUGAACUAUGGGACACAGUCAUCCCAAAAUUAGUUCAAUACCUAGAAGAUCCUGACAAACAGGAGGAGUGGUCUCAGAAGAACUGGGAGGAUCUACUGCUGAAGAUGUUAUCUAAGUCUCUUGAUGUAGUUGAUCAUGAAGAAUGGAUAGCAGAGUUUGGGGAGGCUCUUGCAAAUCAAAUACCUAUGUAUAACAGAUACUCUGAGGAAAAGAAUUUUCUGUACAAAUGUAUUGGAAUUGUGAUGAGAAAAUCAACAAAGAAAGAUUUUGUGAACAAGAUGUUGGACCAAGUGUUUGGUACAGUCAAACAUACAGACCAAACUGAACGAGAG